AUGAACGAAAGCGCAGCUGAAUGCUCCGAAGCUUUAGAUCCUCGAGUACAGAUUGAACUGGAGCGCUUGAAUACAGCAACAGAUGAGAUAAAUCGCCUCGAGGUAGAGUUGGACGAGGCUCGACUGGCAUUCCGUCGUCUUCUCGCCGAAGGGCAUCUCCGUAUCCAGCAGCUGACCAAGAAACUCGGCACUAGUGUUCACAAAGCGAGGCCUUAUUAUGAAGCUAGAUUUAGAGCUAAUAUUACUUCUCAAGAGCUUCAAGCCGCGACACUUGCUUACGAUAAAGCCAACAGCGCGCACGCGGCCGCCAGAGAAAUGGUCUACCUCGCGGAACAAGGACUCGCUAGGCUGGCAGAGAGUUCAGAGGGCGGUCUCACACUCGACCCAGCCUGGCAGGAAAUGCUCAACCAUGCGACACAUAGAGUCAAUCAGGCCGAAGCCGAUCGUGCAUCUGCCACGGUAACGCAGAGAACUAAAGCCGCGGCACACCGAGCGGCCGCUGCUUUAGUACAACAGUUGCAGAACGGUUUGAAGAGGCAUAUAGCAAAGUCCAGGCCAUAUUUUGAAGAAAAAGCUCGCAUAAAUGCAGCAUUGGAAGCUCAAAAGGCGCGGAUACAAACCUUAGAGGAACAGGUUGCGGAAGCAAAACAACAAUACUCUUCGGCGUUGAGGAACCUCGAAAGAAUAUCAGAUGAAAUUCACCGACACCGAUCCAGACGACAGUCCACUAGAAACGAUAUAGACCGUUCUACAAUAACGGACACAGCCAGUGAAUCAAAUAUUAGUGAGAAUCUGGAGGAGUUAUGCGAUCACAGCGCGGACGCGAGUGUUCGGGAAUGGUUGCGUCGAGCCGCAGACGCCCAGAGACCACGCUGUCUUCCCGAUGGAGACACCUGGACUGAGAUCGAUCUCGACUACUCCAGUCCUGAGGAGAUUAGCUUCGAAAAGUGUUCAUUGCGACCUCGCUCGACUCCUGACAAAACGCCAUCGCCGCCAAGCCCGAUGGAGUCCAAGGUGUCGGCGGCUUCACCGCGCCGUAUCAUCCGAGUUGCGGAGCGCAACUCACUUCGGAACGAAGAGAAACUGAGGAACGAACUGCGCGCGGAAUUUCAAAAUGCUAGGCGACAAAGUCUCGAUGUUCUGCUGCAUGACACCGGGGAACGGGUUAAGGAGAUGUUCCAAGGUUUGUCUCUAUUUGGUGAUCGUAGAGGUUCAGGUUCUGCGCCGCGAACGCCCCGACGUCGCUCGCCCACAGCUUCCUCCGCGUCGUCGGACCGCCACUCCGACACCGACAGCAUACCUAGUGUGGAAAUGCUGACCGAUGACCAGGUAGCGUCGUUGAUGCUGGACGCUCAGCUUGAAGCGGUUUGCGAGCGGCUCGCAGGCGUCGCUGUCAAACAGCCGAGAUCACCUCACUCUCCUGUACCGCGGUUUUGA